AUAUGUUCGUGUUAUACAAAUAAAAAGCAAAUUCCCAGGCCCCAUGCCUGCACGAAAGGGGCUGUUAGCGCCCCAAAAUACAUUUUUGGAUACUAUAGCAACAAGAUUUGAUGGCACACAUUCAAAUUUUGUGCUGGGCAACGCCCAAGUGCCCACCUUGUAUCCCAUCGUGUAUUGCAGCGAUGGGUUUUGCGAGCUCACGGGCUUCUCCAGAGCCCAGAUCAUGCAGAAGGGCUGCGCGUGCAAAUUUCUGCACGGCCCUGACACCAAGGACGAGCACAAAUCCCAGAUCGACAAGGCGUUGGAAUCGAAGAACGAGCUGAAGCUAGAAGUGAUAUUUUACAAGAAAAACAGUACCCCAUUCUGGUGUUUGUUAGACAUAGUCCCCAUAAAAAAUGAGAAGCGAGAAGUCGUGUUAUUUCUUGCCUCUCAUAAAGACAUUACGAACACAAAAAUGGCCGAAAUGUCAGAGUGCGAGCUCUACGACAGUGCGGCCGUACUUGGGGCUCGGUUCCGAGGUGCUGACUCUUGCCUCCUUGCAGACGCCAACGGCAACCUGGACCCGGAGGCGCCCCCGGCCAACUACGGACGUCGCAGGUCCAGAGCGGUCCUCUAUCAGCUGUCCGGGCACUACAAGCCCGAGAAGAUGAAGUCCAAGCUCAAACUCAACAACAAUCUCUUGGGUUCUACCCCUGCCCCCCUGCCGGAAUACAAGACUGCAACAGUGGAAAAAAGUAGCUUAAUAAUUUCGCACUAUGGAAUGUUCAAAGGUGCUUGGGACUGGUUAAUUUUAAUAGCAACUUUUUACGUGGCUGUAGUGGUGCCGUAUUACGCGUGUUUUUUGGACAAUGAACGGCCCUCAGCCAACGUGGACGUCGUUGUGGAAGCCUUGUUUUUUGUCGAUAUAGUGAUAAAUUUUCGUACGACGUACGUCAACGGAAAGGGUGAAGUAGUUUCGCAUGGUAAAGCGAUAGCCAUUAAUUAUCUCCGCACGUGGUUUGUCGUGGACUUUCUAGCAGCGUUGCCUUUUGAUUUGCUCUACCUGGUCUACGGUGAAGAGAAUCCGGGGCCAACUCACACAAACCUAAUAAAAUUAACGCGUUUGCUGAGGCUGGCCAGGCUUCUCCAAAAAAUGGACAGAUAUUCGCAAUACAGCGCCAUGAUCCUCACCCUUCUUAUGCUUUCUUUUACGCUGGUCGCCCAUUGGCUGGCUUGUAUAUGGUAUGUGAUAGCUGAUAGAGAAGACAAAAAUUUAGGUUGGAUACACACCCUCGCCGAAAGACUGAAGACAAAUAAAUCGGAAAUAGCCAACAUGGACACCUAUGUGACAGCCUUAUAUUUUACCUGUUCCAGUUUGACCAGUGUAGGUUUUGGAAAUGUUAGUGCUAACACCACCAGUGAAAAGAUUUUUAGCAUAUGUGUUAUGCUAAUUGGAGCCCUGAUGCAUGCAGUGGUGUUCGGAAACGUGACGGCCAUAAUUCAACGCAUGUACUCGCGUCGAUCGCUCUACCAGACCAAAUGGCGCGACCUAAAGGACUUUCUCACCCUGCACCAGAUACCCAAGGAGCUAAAACAACGCAUGCAGGACUACUUUCAAACCAUGUGGUCGCUGAACCACGGCAUCGACAUACACGACACAUUAAAAGAGUUUCCUGAAGAAUUACGAGGAGACGUGUCAAUGCAUCUUCAUCGUGAGAUUCUUCAGCUGCCCAUUUUUGAAAACGCAUCCCAAGGUUGCCUGAAGUUACUGUCGCUGCAUAUUCGUGCAAAUUUUUGCGCUCCUGGAGAGUAUUUGAUUCAUAAGGGUGAUGCUCUCAGUUAUCUUUACUAUAUUUGUAAUGGGUCUAUGGAAGUAGUGCAGAAUGAUAUGGUUGUUGCUAUAUUGGGCAAGGGUGAUCUAGUGGGAAGCGAUAUAAAACUCCAUCUCCAGCACACUCAGAACUGUUCGGCGAACGAAAAUCGCGGAGGCCAAGACAUCGUGAUCAAGUCGUCGAGCGACGUCAGAGCUCUCACCUACUGCGAUUUGAAAUGCAUACACAUGCAGGGCCUCGUCGAUGUUUUGAGACUCUACCCGGAAUAUCAGCAGCAAUUUGCCAACGAUAUUCAGCACGAUUUGACUUUUAACGUCAGAGAGGGGUACGAGGCCGAGGCAGAGUCUGAUACGAAUGGCCUUCCAUCUUUAACCCUUCCGAGUAUAAGUGAAGAUGACGAAAAUCAGCACGAAGUCGCCUCACCUUUAUCUCCCAAUAAGUCGCCAAUUCACGCAAUUUCUAACAGCCCGCGACACGCGAAAUUCAACUUAAGAUUGCAAGAAUUUCAAGAUUCAGUCACAGCGCGUAGACCGAGACUGGGUGGUGUGGCCACAAACCACCUGGCGAUGUUACGAGGUCGCGUAGAAAGACAAAGGAGUGUGGUUCUCCCCAAAAAUAACUCUUUGGAGGAGGAAAUAACCGAAGGAGAGGUGCCGAGACACAGCGCUGAAAAACUGGACACUCAAAUAUCAACUCUACAUCAGGAUGUAGCGGCAUUGAGCAUGGAGGUUCGAAACGCCAUCCAAGCCUUGCAAGAGAUGGCGACACCGACCAGUUCUGCGCACUACAACACACUCUCUAACCCCAACAUAGCGCACAUCCACCACCACCACAUGAGCAACGGCAUCCUUGCUCGCAGCACGUCGCAUCCGCCGGAAAUGUUCUGCUGGGACGAGAAUCCCACUCCCCCCUACCACGCUCUCCCCGUCCCCAACACGGAAAAAUCCACGCAAACGCUCGAAGACCACCUCGACGUUAUCUACCAAUUCGUCACCAAAAACCCCAAGGAAACUUUGGAUAUGUUGGGCUUGGAUGCGAAUAAAAUCCUGGGCAAGCCGGUUUUCAGGAAAAGUUACAGUAUACCGAACGAUAGAACAGUAUCGAAUACCAGCAGUACGGAAGAUGUCACCAUAGAUGUCGAUGGGGAUAUUGAGGAAGCAAAUGAGAAUGCCCCGUUCUUAUCCAUUUUUGGUAACAUCAAUUCUGCAGGUCUUAAUUUAAGAAACAGGAGAUCUCCUAAUGAAAAUUAAAAAAACACUUCAAAAUAUUAAAGUACUGUUAAAAUUAGAGAUGGGAAAAUUCCCAUUUGACGAAAAUUCCCUGAACCUUUCCAUCGAAAAUUCCCGAUACUUUCCGAAAGUUUAAAAGAAAAAAAUUAUUGCGAAAAUGAGUUUUUUGUGCCAGGAUUGCAAAAAUUAAUAAUAUCGUCUACCUAUAUAGGAAUAUCUGACCAUUAAAAUAUGAAAAAAAAUACAGGCAAAAUAACGGGCCGAAUGCCCGGUGGCCUGCGCUACCAUGGUGGUCUGCUGGACUUGCUAUGGUAUGCAAAUAGAAAAAAGAUUUUUAUACCAAACAAAAAGUUAUAUCACUAAACACUAAAUAUAAAAAAAAAAAGUUUUAAUUUACUCCCGUAAAAAAAUCUAAAACACGUAUCUUUUAUGCUAACCCUUAACCAAAUUGGCUUGGGCCUGGACUGCUCUACCAUCC